AACGGCGGCGGCGGCGUGCGCCGCACCGCCUGAGACGGCUGCGCUGGCGCUGGCCAAUCGGCGGGUGAGUUGGAGAGGAGAAGAGUAGUGCGGCGAAGCACGACGCGCGCGGCGCAGGGGUCAUUUUCACUCCGGCAGUCGACGACUUCGGACGCUCGCUCCGUUCGCCAUGGCCAGGACCAAGCAAACCGCCCGUAAGAGCACCGGUGGGAAGGCUCCGCGUAAGCAGCUUGCUACCAAGGCUGCUCGCAAGAGUGCACCUGCCACAGGUGGGGUUAAGAAACCGCAUCGGUACAGGCCUGGGACCAUGGCCCUUCGUGAAAUUCGCCGCUACCAGAAGUCGACCGAACUUCUCAUCCGCAAGCUGCCGUUCCAGCGCUUGGUGAGGGAAAUCCCUCAGGAUUUCAAGACCGACCUCCGGUUCCAGAGUUCGGCUGUGAUGGCCCUUCAGGAGGCCAGCGAGGCCUACCUGGUCGGUCUCUUCGAGGACACCAACCUGUGCGCCAUCCACGCCAAGCGCGUUACCAUCAUGCCGAAGGACAUCCAGCUGGCCCGGCGCAUCCGUGGCGAGUGCACCUAAGUUCGGUUCGGCCGCUGUCUGCGCCGCAGCCUCGGUCAGGCAAGCAACACAAAACGGUCCUUCUCAGGACCACCUACAUGUUUGCUUCGGCCACGGGAGCACGCGAGACCACGUACCCCAACCGUACCCUCUCGGUCUGUCUGUUUUGUUGUUAUUUUUUAUUAUCAAUAUUUUUUGUCUGUGUGUGUCUGUGGUGAGCUGCCGGUGCGAGGUGGUGCCUCGUUUGGGAUGCAUAUGGUAAGUAUUGCGCGCGCUCGAGCAAGACGAGAGAGAGGAAAAAAAGAAACAAAA